AUGCGGCUCCAGGCCCCUCCCCCAUUUCUCCUGAUUCUCACUCUCUGCUGGGAGCUUCCAUCAGAGUUAGAACAAGUUUACAACUUAAAACCUCAUCAGUAUGAGAUGUUUUUCUAUGGAGGCUGCAGAGGCAACAGCAACAACUUUUUGAAAAAAGGAUGUGAGAAAGUCUGCAAGGUCAUCUGA